UACCAUCCUAGCGGUGGCAGUCCCGCCUUACUUAACUGUUUUUGGACUUUGCCUUUUGUCUGCCCCUUCACCUUUUUUGCCUGGUUCUCCUGCCUGCCUGUUGCCGACCACUGACACUCGUUGACUUCAAUUCCUGUUUAUCCAAGCCUGUUUUUGUCUGCUGAGCCUUAAUAAAAGAUAAAGACCAGGGCCCCCCUCACCCCUUUGGCCCCUGAGCCUGUGUCCGGUAAGGCCAUUCACUUAUCCAUCAAUGGUUACAGAUGGAUCUAGUCCCCCCCCCAUAUACAAAGUAGACGGGCCUCUGGGUAUUGUACUAUAACACCAACUAUAAUUCAGUCAGAUGCGCAGCUUACACGGCCAGUACAAAUCCCACUGGUUGCUGUCCAUGGUAACCCCUCACCACCACCACCACCACCACCCUCCUCAUGUUAGUUUGGUACCUGCUGGGUCGAGCCGGGACCUCACUUGUUGCUCGCAGGUGUGACGAGACCGAACCUUGGUGGCAGAGCUUACUAUGUGUCAUAUAGCCUACAUAUAUUCCAUUACACACGGCUUUUUAUUGGCGAAUGGUUUGCGCAUGCGAAGAGUAAAGGCUGAGGCCACUUUCUCAUCUGUCGCUCUCAAUGCGCACCGCAGAAUAUGAGCGUUUCUACAUUAACAGGAUAUUUGAACCUGGUGAGAUAGAUUUCCAGGUUUUAUUUUUCCUCCCGUCUCUCCGGCUACUACGGUCCACGCAACAGGCUGCAACACCAAUGUGGGGUCUACGCUGAAGAACCGUAGCACCUGUAACUGUACCAGUCCGCUCCCGACUUUUCACGGUCGACGCCGAGGAUGAAGAAGCAAAACGUCCGGACCCUGUCGCUCAUCCUCUGCAUGUUCUCCUACUUGCUGGUCGGCGCCGCGGUGUUUGACGCGCUGGAGUCCGAGUCGGAGAGCUCCCGCCGACGCAUCUUGGAGCAGAAGCGCAACGAGAUGAAGAAGAAGUACCGCUUCUCCGAGGACGACUACCGCGAAAUCGAGCGAGUGGUGCUGCAAGCUGAGCCCCAUCGCGCCGGGAGACAGUGGAAAUUUGCUGGCUCUUUUUACUUUGCCAUAACAGUCAUCACCACCAUUGGUUAUGGACAUGCAGCACCAGGCACAGAUGCAGGAAAGGUCUUCUGCAUGUUCUACGCUGUACUGGGCAUUCCCCUCACCUUGGUCAUGUUCCAGAGCCUGGGAGAGAGGAUGAACACAUUUGUGCGCUAUCUCCUCCAUAAGGCGAAGCAGUGCCUGGGCUUUCAACGCACUGAAGUGUCGAUGGAGAACAUGGUCCUGGUGGGCUUCCUGUCCUGCAUCGGAACACUGUGUGUGGGAGCUGCAGCUUUCUCCCACUUUGAGGGAUGGAGCUUCUUCCAUGCUUACUACUACUGUUUCAUCACGCUCACCACUAUUGGCUUUGGGGACUUUGUGGCCCUGCAGAAAAAGGAGGACCUCCAGGAGAAAACGCCUUAUGUGGCGUUCAGUUUCAUGUACAUUCUGGUGGGGCUAACCGUUAUUGGAGCCUUCCUUAAUUUGGUGGUGCUUCGCUUCCUCACCAUGAACACUGAGGAUGAGAGGAGAGAUGCCCAAGAGAGGGCGUCGCUGAAGAGGGACAGAGGGCUUUUGGAUGGGACUGUGGGUCUCCGUGUUGCAGAUGAACAGAGCAGAGGCAGCCACAGGGAGAGGAACAGGAGCAACGUAGUGCACAGCCGCAGCCACAGUACACUCUUUCUCCCGAUGGAGGAAGGAACCAGCCGCACCAACCUCAUCGCUUCCCCAGUGGAGGAUCAGGAGAGGCGAAGAAGCCCCUGCAGGCACAAGCUGCAUUUUCAGAUCAAGGCAGGGAGACGCAGGCCGGAGUCGAGCCUCAGCUCCCUCUGCUCCUGUGUGUGCUACCGCUUAGGUAUUUGUGAAAGCCCUUUUCUCUCCCACAGUGAACAGCACGGCUGCAAUAUCAAUUCGGUCUAUUACAACUCGGUCUCUUAUAGGAUCCAGGGCUGCUCGCCAGGUUCCAGGGACAACACUGGACUCUCUUCCCCAGGAAGCACGCUCUCACCUGGGCAUAGCUUCCGGGACUUCCCUCGUUCAAGGAGAAAGUCAGUGUAAAGAGCACUGACUUUAAACUGUAUUUUUAAUGACACUGUAUUUUGUGUUACGCCUCUUUUGUGCAUGUCGGACAAUGAUUCUGUUAACCGAAUAAGUUGUCUGCUGUGGCUAUUGAAAAUAAUUUUAUUUGUUGAGCAAAGAUGAGAUUUCUUUUCCUCUUUUACCUUGUCAUUUAUUUAUGUCGGUGAUUUUGCUGUUUUUCCUCGCAUGUAAGCCAAAGUGCCGUGCAUGCUAAAGAGAAUGUAUAGCACACAAUGUGAAUGCACGAGUGCUAUGUAAAGAUGUAAAGGGUUGGGCUUUUAAUCUACAGUUUUAACAGAAGUAUUUUGGAUAUAGUGCUUAUUAAUGACUAACUGUUCAGUGAAGGUAUGUCAAUUUACAUUAAGUGGACUCUGCUCCAGCUUCAGGCCAAACCCUAAAUUUUUCACGCCAGAGCUAGAGGAUGUCAUUAUACUUUUAUACUUUAAAAAAAGCCUUAAAGAACUUUGACCAAGCACAUGAGAGAUGUCGCUUCUUAGCUCAGUGAAUUUAAUAAAUCCUUUCAUUACUUAUCAUGAGGGGGUCAGAAUAACUUUUUCUGUGCAUCAUUCAGCACUGAUGCACUAUAAAGAGAUUAUGCUUUGUUAAAUGACUGAUUUCAAGGUUAAUGGAUGUAGCACACAACAGACAUGUAGCAGGUUACGAGUGAACUUCCCACAGUCUUGGAAAAGUUUGUUUUCCAGCCCGGGAGGAGGUGUUUCCUUUUUAGACUUGGUUUGUAGUCAGAUUCGAUGUGAGCCUCUUACAGUAUUGUUUUAUUAAACCAAAGGAAAGGACCAUAAAAUGUGUAUUUAUUUUAAUCAGUUUGUUUAUUAAAUGAUUUAAGAGAUAAACAUACAUAUCCGUGAGGUUGUUAAGCUUUUGUGUUCAUGCGUCUUCCUCUGUUCUGUUUUAAUCCACAAGAACAACUUCUUUUAGAUUUAAAAAAAAAAAAAAAAAAAAUUAGGACUCAAGGGCAUUAACUCUACUUCCUUCCAUUUCUGCUGCAAGUAUUAUGCCACAGGAGUGGUGUCAGAAUGGGGUAAAUUAUACUGCUACUAGCAGUGAUAACAGGAAUUAUGGUGACUAAUUGACUUCUAAUACAUGAUAAACCCAGUGAGCAUUCAUUUGGUUAUUUUUAGGUUGAAAGACUGAGGGGUUUUUGAACCCAAAAAAUUUUGAUUGAAAAAGGAAGGUUGUUUUAGUCAUUAAAAUGCUGUUUAAACAUUAGUUAUAUGUAAACUAGAGAAAAAAAAUCAAUUUUCAUCAAAUUUAACGUUUAGUUUGACAUUUAUUGAUCUGCAAGUCAUCAAAUCAAUGCUUACUGGGAAAAUACCAGUGGCAGGAUGGAACUAAGUACAUGUACUCAAGUAUUGUUCUUAAGGUGCAGUACAAGUACCUACCAUUUCAUGCUACUUGAUACUUCUACUUCAUUACAGUUCAGGAGCAAAUGUUGUUGUUUAUGCUUUAUUUCAUUAAUUUGAAAUGGUAGUAGAAUAGUAAAAUAUUUGAAAUGUAGUUAUUUAUUGUAUAGAUUAUAUUUUAUGAAAAACAUGAUUACCUUAUUAAAAUAUGAUGCACAGUUAAAGAAUAUACUACUGUUUGUAGUUGUAUGUAUGCAUGUAUGUGGGUAUCUAUAUAGGAGUGUGUGUGAAUGUGUGUGUAUAGAUAUAGAUAAAAGUGUGUCCUUGGCUCGACUGAGGUGUACACUUUGGUCUGAGUUUCUAACUCUCCAAAGUAUCCCUUUCUCUUUGAGAUAUGAA